CCUGCAAUUGUCUUGUACAACUCUGACCCCAACCAUCAGAUACAUUAACUUUAUGUAAAACAGACUGGUGCCGGAGGAUCUAUUUGUGAGCAGCUUUGGGACAACUGAAUUACUGAAGAAACCAAAUAAGGUUUUCACUGAUUAGCAUUACACCAUGUGGAUAACAAACUUGGUAGCCCUGGUCCUCCUGGCCACUGCAACCUCAGCUGCCACCUCUGCAAAAGCAGACAAAGUCCUGAGUAACCACGCCACCAUCCUGGCUGACAACAGUGCAAACUUGGCAUUCAGUCUCUACCAGAACAUGGCAAAGGAGAAAGACGUAGAAAACAUCCUCUUUUCCCCCGUCGUGGUAGCCAACUCUCUGGGUCUGGUUGCUCUUGGGGGCAAGGACUCCACUGCUUCUCAGGUAAAGACCAUUCUGAAUGCGAGCAAAGUUAAAGAUGAGCAGCUGCACUCUGGUUUGGCCGAGCUCCUGGCUGAAGUGAGCGACCCCAAGACGCGCAACGUCACCUGGAAGAUUAGCAACCGCCUAUAUGGACCCAGCUCCAUCAAAUUUGUGGAUGAUUUUGUUAAGAGCAGCAAAAAGCACUACAACUAUGACCACUCCAAGAUAAACUUCAAAGAUAAGAAGAGUGCAGUGAAGUCCAUCAACGAAUGGGCAGCCAAGUCCACUGAUGGCAAACUACCUGAGGUCACCAAGGAUGUAGAAAAGACUGACGGGGCAAUGAUCAUUAAUGCUAUGUUUUUCAAACCUCACUGGGAUGAGCAGUUCCAUCAUAAGAUGGUGGACAACCGUGGCUUCUUGACAUCCCGUAGCUACACUGUGUCAGUACAGAUGAUGCACCGCACAGGUCUCUAUGACUUCUAUGAUGACGAAACAAAUAAGUUAUCCAUCCUGAGCAUGCCCCUGGCUCAUAAAAAGUCCACUUUGUUGUUCAUCAUGCCCUACCAUGUGGGAUCUCUGGAUGCACUGGAGAAGAUACUGACUAAGAAGCAGCUGGACACAUGGAUGGGCAAGCUGAAGCAGACAGCAGUAGCGGUGUCUAUACCCAAAGUCAGCAUGGAAGUCAGUCACAACCUGCAGAAACACCUCGAGAAGUUGGGCCUGACAGAGGCUGUAAACAAGUCCAAAGCUGACUUGUCCAAAAUCACCGGGAAGAAGGACCUCUACCUGUCCAAUGUCUUCCACGCUUCUGCCAUGGAAUGGGACACAGAGGGAAACCCAAUGGACACAUCUGUCUUUGGCACAGACAAGCUGAAAAGCCCUAAACUCUUCUAUGCUGACCACCCUUUCAUCUUCUUAGUGAAGGACCAGAAGACAAACUCUAUCCUGUUCAUUGGCAGGAUGGUCAGGCCAAAGGGUGAAAAGAUGCGAGAUGAAUUGUAACCACAUGUUGAUCUGAGUUAAAUGAGUGUUUGUAUAUUUUGUACUGCAAUAUGCUGAGAGAAGUGGGGAAAAGAAACAUACAUUCCUGUACAUCACAUGUCGACAGCAUUCCACAACACAUGGCUGACGAGAUGUGUUUAAGCAUUUUGUUUUGUGUUUCAUUGUUCAUAGCCCUCAGUUUUUAUAGGGGAGAAUAUUUAAUGUAAUGGUAGAUCACAUUACAGAUUGAGAAAUUACAUUAAGUGUGAUUUCCCUGAUUAAUGCCAUAAAUAUAUAAGCACAGUUUACUUGAAUCUACUGCAAACGAGAAGAGAAUCUAUAUGAAAUGUUGUCAUCAGUAUGUGCCAACCCAAAAGAGUUUUUGUAAUCACUGACCACAACAAUCUUUUUACUGAUUAACUGACAAAAAAUGACAUAUUAACCUACUGCUUUCCACCAUGUUGUUCAUAUUUCUAAAAGAUUACAUGGCUGUUUUCUCUUGAAAAUUAUUUACCUUGUAUGCACAAGUCUACACUGGCAACUAAAUCAAAUCCCACAACAUUAUCCCUACAACAUGAGUGCAUUUUGAGACUGUUGCAAAUUUCCUGUUUUUGCAAUAAAAGUGAA